AGUCGUACACAGUACACGCUUGGGAUAGAACAUUAUCCAUCAUCGUCGUUGUUCACGGAGAGAAUUCGCAAGCAACUGAAAUUCAUCGUUCAACAUUGAGCUAUUGCAUGUGUGAAUUCCAUAGACAUUGUGGCACACAGGCAGAUUUUAUCGAAAAGAGAGAGCGCGAAAAAAACAUUUUUCGGAGAGUGAGAGAGCAAGUUUUUGUGUGUAUGUGUAUUAGUGUGUGAGCAUAAAGUCAGCGAAGUUGAGAGAGAGCUAGAGCGAGCAAUAUUCGUUUGUCGAUUUUUUUGCUACCAGAGCCGCCUUAUGGCACUUGUUAAGUUGCUGUGAAGCUGGUUAAAUCAUUUCACAUACAUCGAGUAUAGCAUCUCUCGUUUUGCUUGGUUUUGGUGCAGCAAUUAAACAAGUACAAACAGCCAAACGAAGAAACCAACCGAAAGGCAUAGAAACGGCAAAUUGAAACGAUAGUAUAAAGAACAGAAAAAGAGAGAGAGAAAAAAGUUUGUAGCAGCAGAGGUUACGAGUCGAAAGGCGCAAACGAGCAGAGAGAGAAUCAGAAGAAAUCUUGUGAAGCGGAAAAAAGAAGGAAGUCGAUUGUUUCAUAAUGGCCGAUAAAAAAGGAGCAGGAGCAAUAACGGAACAAUAUUAUACACCACCACCGAAGCUAUCCGGCUGGGAGAGUUUUAGGAUAUUCAUGUGGAAUGGCGAGACAGGUGAAUUCCUAGGACGUACAGCUGCCAGUUGGGGAAAGAUUUUGGUUUUCUAUUGUAUAUUCUACGCUGCACUUUCUGGUUUCUUCGCUGGUCUGUUGGCUGUAUUCUGGCAAACACUCGAUCCAGAACGACCAAAAUGGGAGUUGGGCGAGAGUUUGAUUGGUACAAAUCCUGGUCUUGGAUUUCGUCCAAUGCCACCAGAGGCACAUCUUGGUAGCACAUUGAUUUGGUAUAAAUCCAAUCGCCCGGAUAACAUGAUCUACUGGCACGAUACAGUCAACAAAUUCCUUGACGAAUACAUUGAACCAAAAUUCGAGGAGAAUAUUGAUAGUGAGUGCAAUUUUGGUCGUAUAGCCACUAGCGGCAAGUACUGUCCAUUUAAAAUCGAAUCAUUGGAUAACUGCUCUCCCGGUAAAACGGACCGAAAAUACGGUUUCCCUGAAAAGAAACCAUGUGUCUACUUAAAAUUAAAUAAGAUUUACAAUUGGAUUCCACGAGUCUUCAACGAAACCGAUGAAAGUCAGAUUAGCGAUGAGCAUGAACGUUCUCAGUAUCGAAAGAUGCCAGACUUCCUGAAGGAAGCUAUCGCUCAAACUAGAAAUCCAGCUGAGCGAAACUUGAUUUGGGUUUCCUGUGAAGGCGAGAGCCCAGCUGAUGUGGAAAAUCUUGGACCAGUGCACUACUCACCGCGACGUGGUUUUCCAGCAUACUAUUUCCCAUACAAAAAUGUUAAGGGCUACCAGCCACCAGUCGUUGCCGUGCAAUUUGAACGACCAAAGCCUGGUGUACUCAUCAACAUCGAAUGCAAAGCCUGGGCCAAAAAUAUCUUGUACGAGCGCGCAGAACGAAAAGGUUCAGUCCACUUCGAAUUGAUGAUAGAUUAAAUUUAUUAGUUCUUAAACGAAAAAAAAAAAAUGAAAUAGAAAUCAUAAUACCAAACUAAGCAAAGCAACAUCAACAACUUAUUUGGAAGAACAAGAAAGAAAGAAAAAGCAAAAGUUAAAAAAAAAGAACAACCAACCAACAACCAAUCCAGCCGGAAAAGCUGCGGCGGGCAUCAUAAAAUGUGGUAUUUGUAAUAUUUCCCAUUCUUCAUUUAUGUUCGAUUCGAAUCAUUUGAUUAGGACUUUUAGAGUUAGUUCGUUCUUUUCUUUUCGUUUGGAAUAAUAAUAACAACAACAAAACAAGAACAAAAAGAAAAAUAAUAAUAUUUUGUCCGUUAUUGUGUCACAAACAACAACCCAGGUAAAAUGCGUGCGUAUCGUCUCAAGAGCGCUCCAAAAAGCAAGCAAAAUUAAGUCAAUGUCAAAAAAAGCACUACCAAUUAUUGUGUUAUGUAUUUAAAUGGAAAAAAAACAACAAUGCAAACAUAGCAAAGGAAAGUAACCAAAAAAAAAAUCACAAAAAAACUAUUUAAAAAAAUAAUUCAUCAGAUGCUGUUAUAGAAAUGUUAAAGUAAGAGCUAAACUAAAUAUUAGGGCCAUCGAUUGAGAAACUUCAAGUUAUAUAACGUUCAAGCAACAACAACCGAUUCUUUGACACUCAAUUUAACUUAAAUUUUUAAUUUCAUACGGUGUAAGUGAUACGUUCACACUACACACAGGUUCAUUAUACAUAUGAAACUGAUGGUGGUGGUGUGUGUAUGUCAAUCGCAACCACCUAUGGGAGAGCUAAAAGGAACGAAACAUACAUAAGUUCUUCUUCUUCGAAGAAUCUCUAGAAUAUAACAAAAAAAAAGACAGAAAAAAAUAAAAAAUACGAGCAAAGAGAAAGUGCAGAAAGCGAACAUAUGAUUCGAUGAGGUUUAGUGAGUAUAUAUAUAUAAUUUAUUAUAUAAAUGUGUUGAAAAAAGACAAUUGAUAUUACAUAAUUUUUAGGCUCUUAUUACAUAGGUGAUUAUGACGAACAUUAUUUAUUUAUAAAGAAAACAAUUUAUCAUUUAACGAAUAGCAACAACAACAACAUAUAGAUGGGUGGAAAAGGGAAAUAUCUAUUUAAACCAAACUGCAUAAUUGUUACUUACACACAUACACACACUCACACAAUUCACAAAAUCGUCACAAAUUUAAUGUUUAGCUAAUAACAAAGACAUGUAAAACGUUGAUACAAUUUUUGCUUACUUAGAGAAAGCGAUCUAUUUUGGUCUGUCUGUUUGAUUUUCGGUUCUUUUUUGCUUCUCAAAUUUUAGUUAUAACGAAUCAAAUGAGAGACAGAGUUACGUUUAGAAUUUCCGUUUUAAGAAUUGAACAUCAUUUUCAAGAGUAAAAUAUAAUAUUUGAAACAACUAUGAAAAUUAACCCAACAACAAAAAAGACGAGAUGAAGAACCUUGUAAAAUCUGUAAAGUAGUCAUUUAGAAUGAGUGAAAUGCAAAUUUAUGCAAACCAAAUAAAAACAACAACAACAACAAAGAAUUAUUAUUAUUAAUGAUAUUUAAUUAUUGCCGGUAUUCACCAGAAUAAACCAAACAACAACAACAACAACAAAAAAAAUUAACUUAAAAAAACACAUGUUUUAGCCAUCGAUUUAAAUUCGAAUAAGAAUAAAUUCUAAUAAAAAAGGAGAAAUUAGAUCACAAGAAACCUUAUUUAAAAUAUUAUUAAUGUAUUUAUUACAUGUAGCGUCGUCGUUUUCACUCUCGAUUCAACAAAAAAAAAUCAUUCAAUGAACUAAAUAAUGAACAACAAGAAGUAAAAACAACUCACUCACUCACUCAUUCUCAUUACCAAUUCCACACCAAGAAAAAACAAAUACACAAAACGCGCUUUCCAUUAAAAGCGGCUACGUAUGUGUUCAAAUUAAUUUAAUGUUGACGAAAAGUAUUUAAGCAUUAUUUUUCCGGCCGUAAGAAACUUAAAUUAACUAUUACUACUUGAUUAAUUAUGAGAGAAAAUAAAAACCAAUAUAAAAAUUGAAAUUAAAUCGAAUGACUACACACAGAGCAAAAAAAAGUUUUUAGAAAAAGAUGCGAAUUGAAAAAAAAAUGUGACGAAGUUAUGAUUGAUCAUUGGCGCAAACUGAUUUCCAAUUCGAUAGAAAAGAAGAAUAAGAAUGAAAUGUGAAAAUAAAAGAAAAAAUCACAAUGAGAUUGCUCACUUUGAAGAUGAACCCACUGUCGCGCAACCAGGGAAACGCAGCACACGCAUACACACACAUAUAUAUACAGUAUUGUUGGCCUCAUGCAUCCACGACGCGCGCCGCGACCACCCAUGUGUGCGUGUGAGUAUGUGCUGCCCAAUGUUUUCUGCAACGCUUCUCUGCUCCAGGAAUAGAUUCGGUAACAAUUUAUAACUUAAUGCCCGCUACGUGUAUGUGUAGAGCCUUUGAUUCACUGUUAGUAGUUAUUUGCCAAAUGAUAAACAAAGAAGAAGAAAAAAAUACAAAAAUGGAGAAAAAAAAAUAUGAAGAAAUCACAUGUUAUUUGUACAUUUAAUUUUUCGGUUUUUUUAAAAAUACAUUUGGUUUUAAUUUCAAUUGAAUCCGGAUUUUAAACCAACAAUAGCAACAACAACAACAAAAUAAAAACGAUGUGAUUUCCAUUGAUUUAGACAAUCACUCGCGGAUUCCCGUGCGUGAGCGUCGACCCAAGGAAACCACCACAAGGAUGUUUAUGUAUGCGUGGUGUCUGUGUGUUUAUUACGCGUGCAUGCAUGUUUAUGAAAUGCCUCCCCCUCGUUUGUAUUUUAUACAUACAUUUUUUUGUGAAACAAAUGGAAUGGAUCGUGUUCGCACGCGUUCAUUCUCUUGAAUUGUUAUUUAGCCGUAAGAAGCGUUCCAGCUUCGAGAGAUGCAUUCUGCAAAUCUGACGAGUAUAUGAUAAUGUAUAUCGAUGUGAGCGAGAGAGAAACAGAACAAAUGAAUGAUUGAGUAAAAAAAAAACAUGCAAAUAAUUAAUUUGGUUUCUGUCGGUUUUUGGUUUGUGUUCAAAUUUAGGUUUAUUUUUAACGCAUUUUUUUCAAUAUUAAGAAGAAAUUCUUCUAAAACAUUACGGUUUUCCUUCUGUUUGAUAUAUAUUUUUGGGGAUUUUUCAAGUGUUUUGCUGAAUAAAGUUGAACGAAUUAAAAAAAAACACAAAAUAUUCACUGAAAAGAAUAAGAUGUUUAUUAACAUCUGAAUAGCAAACCAAAACCAACAACACAUACAGUAACAGAGAAAAAUGGAUGAGCGCAGCAAACCGGAAAAAAGUGAAAAAAUUUGCAGCACACACAACUGCAUUCUAUCACAAAAGAUUAGAAGCAAACAAUAUUUACCAAAAAAAAAAUCUAAGCUACUUAGAGCAGCUUGCGUGUGCGCACAUUUCAUCACAAAAACGAAAUAAAUUUAAAAAAAGAACACACACACACACACUUGAACACACAGAGUUCAUAACCUUCAAUAAAAAAAAAACCAAAAUGAAUAAAAAACAACAACAUUCACACUACAAAUACAUACAAACAAAAAACAAAACAAAAAUAUGUAACGGUAAACGGAAAACCAUUUUAAGACAACAACAAAAAAAAUAUGAUGAAAAACAAUAUUAUUAGAGCUCAACUGAGAGAAAAAACAACUGAAGAGAUGUUUACCCGGAAUGUGAAAAUGCUAGUCUAACACAUAAGCGUUUUGUAUUCACCGCAAACAGCACCAAAGACAUGACGAGAACAUGCUUCAAACUUAAGCUAGUUACACAUACCACACAAAAGCCGCCAGUUUGAAUUCACAUUUUCCUGUCGAUAGGAUCUUGAGAGGUAAAUACACAAUUACAUUCCCUUCACCACAAACAACAACCAUGGUUUUUUUUGGUGCUUUGCAUGGCUCUUUGGUGCUUCAGCGAGAGAAUAGCGCGCGCAGUUUGUGCAAUAAAUACAUUCUUCAAUUCUAGGCAAAACGUAUCUUUUACUUUAAAUAUGAAGGAAACAACAACAAAAUUAAAGUUUAUAAAAAGUCUCACAAAAACACACAGAAAAAUAUUAAAAAAACAACAACAACAACAACAAGUAAUUUAACAAAUAAUAGUUCGUAGUUAAAAAGAAAAUUACAAUAUUGAAUAAAAAUUUGAGAAAAAGUGAAAAGUGAACAAAAAAAAAAUAAAAAUUACAGAGGUUUUGCUUAUUUAACAGAAGAAACAACAAACAUGAGCUGGUUUUUUCUUUCUUUCAUUCAAAUUUAUUACUUUCUUGUCCAUGUUCGUUAUACUUUAUAGAGUGCCCAUAUUGAAUUUAUUUGUCGAUUCUUUUUUCCGGAUUUUUCUAGUUGAAAUAUGCAACAACAAUGCCCAAUAGAAUAGUGUUACACACAGAGAGGCAGAAAACGAAAAAAAAAUAAAACGAUCAUUCAUACGCGCGUUAUCGUGCGACAUUACUCACUAUCGCUCUUCAUAAUGCGACAAAAAAAUGAACAACAUUACUACUUGUUUUCUGGCAUUGAAAAAAUGCUAUGUGUUUUAAGAGGAGGGACUGUUGAUGGCAAUAUGGCAAUAUGGCAAAGGCAAUAGAAACCCGCAUCACACCCAACUUAUGAUUCGCAAGAGCAUAAAGUGAAGAAGAAGAAAAGAAAAACCAACCAAACAAACAAUUUCAAGUAGAUUAAUCGCGAUAAACACGUUUUGUUCAUGAAUCAAAGUGCAAAUUACUAAUUGUUCGGGGCUUUUUUCUUCCUCUCUCUCUCUCUCUCUCUCUCUCUCUCUCGCUCUCUCUCUCUCUCUCUCUCUCUCUCUCUCUCUCUCUCUCUCUCUCUUGGUUAGGUGUUGGCUUUUUGAAAGUAAACAGAAAAAAACGAGCAUAGCAAGAACGAACUCAUCAAUGAUGAUGACAAAAUCGGGACAGAAAAAACCAUUAAAACCAUUAUGUAAUUAACUAAUGAAUUGACGCUUGAAAACCAAAUUGAAUAUAUAUAUGUUUUUGUAAGCAUUAGAUGAAUAUAUGACCCUAUUGUCCCUUAUUCUCGCUCAAACACUCUUUGGAGAGAGAGUGAGAGAGAGAUAGAGUGAGUGAGAACUCACUAGAGCUAACGAGAAUGAACAAGAACAACAACAACAAACGAAAAAAAUGCCAGUGACAACAAAUACGAUCUCUAUUAUACGGGAUAGAUAAAAUGCGAAUAAAGUCAAAGCACCGCUGCCGCCACCGAACACAGACCCCAAAAUCCAAUCCAAAUCAAAUGUACGGUGUUCAUAAAAAUGUACGGAAAGUCACAGUCAGAGCGACCGAGAUGGAAAUGAAAAAAAAAAACAAAAUAUUGUGUUCGCCGUUGUGAUAUUUUAUCUUAUCGACAAAUGGCAUCCAUAUGGUUACUAAAUGAAAUAUAUAUAUUUUUCGGUCUCUUCUAUCCAUCCAUGAUUUGAAUGCGAAAAUUCCGUUGGAUUUGCCCAUGUUCAUUCAGCUUUAGGGCAAAACAGAUUCGCUAAACCGAAUAACACCAUUCUUUUAUUCGCCAACAGAACAGAACAGCAAAGACACUUCCAUGCUUUCUCUUUCACUCUCACUCUUUCUCUAUAACCAAAGAACAAGAAGAAGAAGAAGAAGAAAAAAAAAUUGCAUGACAAAAUGUGUUUGCCAUAUGAACAUUUCCAAACCAACGAAAUGUCACGUAGAAAAAAAAACACUAGCGCUUUUUUUAUCCAUUUUGAAUAGUCUUCAAAAAAACCUUCAGUUUUUGUAGUUAAAUAAACAAACACAAAUUAUAUGUGUAAUUUUUAAAUAAAAUAAGAAACAAAAAUAUGAUAAGAUGGGAAAUACAAAAAAAAAACAGAAAAA